CAAGCGCUCACAAUACUAGUCACCUACUUGAGCCCAGCACUUUGAAUGCUGAGCAUCGCCAUAUAAUUAACUAUACCUUGGUGAACAUGUCUUUUGAACAGUCUUCUAGCCUGUCCCAAGAUCGCACCAAUCAUUCACGUUCUUCGUCUAGUAAUACCGACAUGGGACAGAAUAUUACAGUGCCUAGACUGACGGAAAGUGAGCUUCAACAGCAAGAUAGCCGAGCAGCUGGUGUGGAUGAACAAACGGCGAAUAGUCAGGACGACGGCGAAUCAAUCAUAUCAGACUCUGCAGCAACCGUAUCCUCUCGUGCAACGAGUACACAUCCCAACGAACAUGAAACACCGACCGGCUUUUAUCAAACCCGUUCUUUAGGGCCCAAUACUCAGCAAUAUCCCAUGUUAGCUCACUCUCCAUCAGCUUCAACUAGUGCUGAUCAUGUCGCCAAUAUGCCUGCUCAAUCCAUACAAUCUGCCGAACGCUAUUCGGAGCACAAAACGGAACCCUUUGCCCUUGCAUCCGAAGUCCCCGUAUCAGCAUCACCAAGAGAGUCAUCACCGUUACGACACUCUUUCACAAAUGAAGAUCAUAUAUCAAAUACCAGCCCAUCCAUUCAACGUACCAGUUACACUCCACAAUCGCACCAAGGUUCGAUUGCAAUACCACGGCCCGUUGCUGCUAAUCAUAGAUGGGCAAAUCCUUCAUUACUUGUCGAAGCGUCGUUUGCUAGUUUGGACGAUACCGCACCGCCUUACGAUGGAUACCCGUUUCUGUAUGGAAAUUCAAAGAAGAUACCAUUUAGAAUACCAAGCUCACCGAGAAAUUCUAUGUCACCACCAAGAUAUCGAGACGGUCGACCCGACGCUAGCUCUUCUCGAGGCAGCCAAGAUUCAGUUGAUAUAAUUGAUACAGACGACAUCAAAUGUCAAAUUUGUUUGGAUAACAUUCGAGAAGCAUUUAUAACGCGGUGUGGUCAUUCUUUCUGCUAUAAAUGUAUCGUCGAACAUUUAAACCACCACCAAUCAUGCCCAACAUGCCAAAACACUCUACUUCGUGAACAUAUAUACCCUAAUUUCCAGCUGAACAAAAUUGUACAAAAAGCCACCGCAUUCAAAUCAAAACACCAUGUUGGAAGUAGGAGACAUACACGCAAUUCUAGUACAACUAGUAUGGACGAUGUUCAUCCAAUAUUGGACGAACGAACGCUAGCUUCUGAUAUCUCCAGUUUAAUUGCUUCUGGAAUUAACGGAUUAGCUGACCUUGAUGCCAAAGAUGUAGAUAAUGUCCUCUCAGCAUUGAUUGCAAAAAAGAGACAACUGCUACUUGAAGAGAAGUCCAUGGAGUCACAAAUGCUUAGAGAGUUCUUAUUAAAGGUUAAACAGCAAAAACAACAGUUACUGGAACGUGUAAGCUCUGAGCUAGCUUGCAUUGACAGUGACCUUGCGACAGUUCAAGCAGAUAUUCGACAAGACCGUGCGUUGUAUCCUGAAAAUGAUGAAGCUGAAUCCAGUGAUGUGGAUAGACCAGCCGCACCAGAAGUUCCAGACGACCGAGCAAGAACUUUAACCUUUACAGGAAAGAAGCGAAAAUUGGAUGACCGGGAGGCCUCACCUGAAAGAUAUCACCCCAAACAAAAACAUCCAAGACUGGAUCUGCAAAGACAGCGCAUGGACGAUUUUUUUGGAGACCUCGAAGAGUGUUAUUUCAAUAUGCGAAUGACUGCACAAGGUAAUCGACAGUCGCUUAUGGACUUUUCUUCGACCAUCAACAAGUUCGCCAAGCAUUCGCAGUUCAAAGUAGUAGCCACAUUACGUUACGGUGACAUUUCCAGCACAUCCUCUAUCGUAUCGGCCAUUGAAUUUGAUCGAGACGAUGAAUAUUUCGCAACGGCAGGUGUAACGAAGAAAAUUAAAAUAUUCGAAUAUGCCAACAUUGAACAAGAAAGUUUUGAAUACGAAGAUGAUCAUCGUAGUGAAGAAGAAGCCUCGCUCUAUUCCACACACAAUUCUGAAAUAUGGCCACGGUCGAUUACAAAUUGCGAUGGAAAGGGCGGGCUUUCCAAUGAUGCGGGCUACGUUGGCCGCAGUCGAAAUACCAUGGAAACAGUAAUGCAAUACCCAAUCAAGGAAAUGGUAUGCAGACAAAAGAUAAGUUGUCUAUCGUGGAACUCGUACAUAAAAAAUCAAAUGGCCAGUUCGGACUACGAGGGCGUAGUUUCCAUUUGGGAUGCCACUGUCGGUCAACUAAUGCAAAGCUUCGACGAACACAAGCGACGGACUUGGAGCGUUGAUUACUCAAGAGUGGACCCUACCCUGUUAGCAUCAGGAAGCGAUGAUUCCACUGUGAAAAUAUGGUCGAUCAAUCAGAGAAAUUCUGUAUGUACUAUAGAAAAGAACGCAAAUAUAUGCUGCGUCAAGUUUUUACCAACAUCGAGCCAUUUCAUCGCUAUGGGUAGCGCAGAUCAUCACAUCCACUAUUAUGACCUACGAAAUACGAAAGAACCCGUCUCAGUGUUCCGAGGUCAUCGAAAAGCUGUUUCAUACGUAAAGUGGUUGAAUGAAAACGAGUUGGUUUCUGCUUCCACCGAUAGUACGCUGAAACUUUGGAACGUCCGUGAUGGUGAAUGCGUACGAACCUACACAGGGCAUAUCAAUGAAAAAAACUUUGUAGGAUUGUCGAGUAAUAGCGACUGGAUUUCCUGUGGUAGCGAAAACAAUGCUGUCUAUACCUACUACAAAUCGUUUCGAUCACCCCUUGCAUGUGUCAAAUUUGGAGGCUUCGACCCAUUAACUGGCCACAGUACGGAAGAGGACGAUCCCAGCCAAUUCGUAAGCUCGGUAUGCUGGAAAAGAAAUUCCAACACAUUAUUAAGUGCCAACAGCCAAGGCACUAUCAAAGUCAUGGCACUCGUAUAGAAACCCGUACAAUUAAUAAAAUUAAAAGCAAUUUUUCUCUCUUGCAUCGCACGUUGUCUCAGGCUGCGGCAGAAACA